AUGGCUAGAACUAAGCAAACAGCACGUAAAUCAACUGGUGGUAAGGCACCACGUAAGCAAUUGGCAUCAAAGGGUGCAAGAAAAUCAGCACCAGUAACUGGUGGUGUAAAGAAGCCACGUAGAUACAGACCAGGAACUGUAGCCCUUCGUGAAAUUAGAAGAUACCAAAGAUCAACUGAGCUUUUGAUCAGAAAGUUGCCAUUCCAGAGAUUAGUACGUGAAAUUGCUCAAGAUUUUAAGACUGAUUUAAGGUUCCAAUCAUCGGCUGUAAUGGCUUUACAGGAAGCUGCUGAGGCCUAUCUCGUUGGUCUCUUCGAAGAUACAAACUUGUGUGCUAUUCAUGCUCACCGCGUAACCAUUAUGCCAAAGGAUGUUCAGUUAGCUCGUCGUAUCCGUGGUGAAAGGUAA